UACAACAUCUUUGAUUCCCUGAGCUUCAUUGCGGCCAUGGACGCAGGCUUGGUUGCUCAACUGGCUGCGUUGAUCCAGAAUCAGAAUCAAAGGGCCAACACCCUCCAUUCCAUGCCGAUCUCUUGUGACUCGAACACAAUGUGUUCGAUGGGGCCAUACUUGCCACCUGUUUCAAAAUCGAUUCCGGAGACCUCCAGUUCUCUUGAGGGCUACCCAUGCAGUUUGCGCCCACCACCAGGCCUGGAACACGUGACACCUGUUCCAAAGGGUGCAGGUCCAAAAGCUCGUCAGAUCUCCAAGUCAUCGAUGUCCACAGCCUCGAGCGAAGUGGAACAAAUGGAUGAUCACGAGGAAUUAGAAUCGAAUGCCUCGGGCGCAGAGGGAUCUCCAGCGGCAAUGGCAAUCCCAGGUGAUAUGUCUAUGAUUGCUCGGAGUUGGGACUCUGCUUUGCGUGAGCUGCUUCACAGCGUCCCACGCCUGGCCCGAGAUGGGAAAGGAGCACCCCUUUUGGCGCAACAUAUCAAUUCCAUGGACAUGCAAGGCCUCACUUUGUUGGUGGCGGCCUUGCGCCCACAACUUGCUGAACUCUCUUGUGAUGCAGCUGGUACUGGAGUGGUGCAGCAGAUCUUUCGGAGCUGUUGUGAGCUGCCAGCCCAGCGCAUCCAAUUGGUUGAAGGCUUGCAGGGCUCUAUCCAAAAGUUGACCAAGGACAAGAACGGCUGCUUGGUCAUCCAAGAGGCCUUGGAAUCAGCGACCUGGGAGAUGCAGAUGCCCAUCAUGACGGAACUCAAGGGCAAGGUGUUCUACUGCAGCCGCCACAUGCAUGGCAACUUCGUUAUGCAGAAGGUGAUUCAAAUGCUGCCACCGAAUUCUUUGGGUUUCAUGAUCUAUGAGCUGAAGGAGAAUGCAGUGGCAGCGGCAUUGCACAUCUAUGCUUGUCGCGUGCUUCAGCGGCUGAUUGAAUGCUGUGGGGCAGCAACCUCUGACUUGGUGGACAUUUUACUGCAGCCAGGUGAACAGCUUCAGCGCUUGGUCAAGGACCCCUACAGCAGCAAUGUGAUUCGAUCUUUGGUGGUGUGCGGCACUCCAGAUCACGUGAAAACGGUGAUGGAACUCUUCAGCCAGGAUGUCAUGAAAUACUCUCGCAACCGCCAUGCAAGCUUGGUUCUUGAGAAGUGCUUGGAAGUUUCAGCCUUCGGAGUCAAAGCGGUCUCGCUCACUCAGGAGUUUUUUGGUCCAACGUGCCAUCUAUAGGAGCGUCUCGAGUUGAUGAAUGCGUUUUUCAGUACCUCACGCAGUGCCUCCCCGCCGCUGCUGCAGAUCAUGCUGGACCGCUUUGGAAACUAUAUUGUGCAACGCGUGAUUGAGACCUGCAGUGGAGCAGAGAAAGAGGAGGUGAAGCGCUUGCUUGCCUUGGCUUUGCCAAAGCUUCAGAGUUCUGCUGCCGGAAAGCAUAUCCUUUCGGCAGCUGCCAAGAAGUUUGGCUUGAAGGUGCAUUCGCUUGCAGCUGGUCAGUGAAAAAGACCUGAGACGGCACCUGCCUGCAAUAGACUGCCGAGUUUCAAAAAUUAAUUGCUGAGAAGAUCAGGGGUUGAUAGAUGUCCUGUUUUGGUGGC